UAAAAUCCAAAAUAUGAGUGAUGAAUAAGUCUAUUAUAUAUUUUGUUUAGUAUUUUAUCAUUUUAUAAAUAUUUUAUUCUUGCUUUAAACCCGAUAAUGACAUUGAAUGAAAAUCGUCAAACAUACUUUUUUUUCAUAUUUAAUAGUUAUAUCAAAAAUGUUUUCUAUAAAAUUAAUCAAAUUCUUCAUUACAAUUAUUUUAAUAGUUUCAAGUGUCAACUCAAAUUUCUUAACUGUUAAUGUUGACGAAUCGUCUGUAAUCGGAAGCAAGAUACACGAAUUUCCUAGUCCAAAAAACGGUUUUCAAUAUAUAACCUACCAAUGGGGUGAUCCAGAUGGUUUAGCUUUAUUUAGAGUGGAGCCAAACGGCAAUGUAGUUUUAAAAGGACAACUAAACUUUGAACUAGACAAACCUAACUAUUAUUUUUUAACUGUCGUGCUUAGAAACAAAAACAAAAAAUAUGGAGGAACAGCAUAUACGAGGAAGUUUCAGGUUAUUGAUUCCAAUAACCAUUCUCCUAAAUUUUCUAAAAAAGAAAUGUAUGUUGGUGAAAUUGAAGAAGGUCUACCUGCAGGAUCAAUUGUUUCUGGUUUAGAAGACUGUUUUGCUACAGAUUUAGACAGUUCUGGAAUAAAAGACUAUUCAAUUACUGAAGGAAAUAACAAAAAUGAAUUUGAGCUUAGCGUACGUGAUGUGAAUGGCAUAAAACUGCUUGUUGUGCGUACUUUGAAAAGUAUUGAUAGAGAUGAAAUAAGAUACACCCCUUUUCUGGAUUUAGGAAUACAAGCAAAUGAUGGUGGUAUUGGUGAAAAUCAAAAAUUUGUAAAACAAACAAUAAGAAUUCAUAUUCGUGAUGUAAAUGAUAAUCCUCCAGUUUUUAUUUACAAUAGUCUCCGGCGAAGUGUUCAAGAGAAUGCUAAAAUAUCAUCGUCAGUUAUGAAAGUAAGUGCAUCUGACAAUGAUGAAGGUCCAAAUUCAGAAAUAUAUUACUACUUUGAAAAGCAAGUUGAUGACUUUUACAUUAAUCCUUCAACUGGAGAAAUUAGAGUUGCUUCAAACUUAAAUGCAAAUGUUAAAAGUAGUUAUGAACUUGUUGUAAUUGCACAAGACAAAUCAAAUGAACCUCGUAGUGCUAAAAGUAAUGUAUAUAUACAAGUUAUAGAUGUAUCAAAUUAUCCUCCAGAAAACACUAACAAGCGUCCUCCUAUUCACUUUUCUCAAAAUCAACUCUCUGUUACAAUACGUGAGGAUUUGCCUGUUAAGUCAUUUGUUUAUAUUGUUCUUACAGAUGCUGACUAUAAUUCUAAGUUAGAGUAUUCCCUUAGCGGUGAUAGCGAUAAUCUGUUUUAUAUUAGCAAAAAAAGUGGUGUUAUUACAUUAGCCAAAUCACUAAAGACUGCUAAACAACAAGAAUAUAUGCUUGUAAUUACAGUUAAGGAUGGCUUUGGUAUUUAUUCUGUUAGUUUAACAGUAAAAAUCCAACAGUAUAAUUUUAAUAUGUAUUCACCUCAGUUUAACCCUAGUACAGUUUGUAUUGAUAUUUUGCAAAAUACAAAUAUUAAUACUCAGCUUGAUGUAACUGUUAAAGCAACUGAUAAAGACAGUGGAAUUAAUGGUGAAGUAUCCUAUUAUGCAGUUGGUGGUAGUGGUAUUGGUUAUUUUAGAGUUGAUAAGCAAACAGGAGCUGUUACAACAAACACCAUUUUUAAGAAUAUAGGUUCGUACAGUUUAUAUAUAAAAGCACAAGAUAAUGGAAAGUUUCAGAGAUAUGGUAUGAUGUUUUUGCAAGUGAAUGUAAGACCAUCUUUUCAAAGCCCACCCAUUGCAUCAAGAACAAUGAUGACUGAAACUAUAGAUGAAGGAGAAGAUCAAGAUUCUUUUGUAGGUGCUGUGUUUGCAAGAAGCCCAGGUUUUGGGAGGAAAGUUAUCUAUGAAAUUUCAGGAAAUAGUCCCCGAGGACUUGCAUUAGACAGAGAAACUGGUGUUAUAACUACAACUCGGCAACUUGAUUUUGAACAAGACGCUUAUUUAUUUAUGGAAAUAACUAUACGAGUUGAAGGUUCACAACAGUUUACCAAAACUGCUCUUUAUACAGAAAUAAUAAAUCUAAAUGAUAAUCCUCCAGAAUUUUUUCGUUCGGCAGUGACUGUAUAUGUAAAAGAAAAUUCAGGAAUAAUUCCUAGUUUGUUAUGCUUGUUUGCAACUGAUAAAGAUGGAAAUGAGGCUUUAAAAUACUCAAUUGAAAGCGGCAAUAUUGGAAAUGUUUUUCAAAUUAAUUCUGAAACUGGUCAGUUAAAUGUCAAGAAUUUGGAUUACGAAACUCGAAAUGCUUACAAUCUUGUUGUCAGUGUUAAUGAUGGCUUGUAUGAUGCAAAAGCAUCAGUUAAUGUGAUUGUUAAGGAUAGCAAUGAUCCUCCAAUAUUUGAUAGUGAUUUUUAUACUGCUAAAGUUGAGGAGUUGGCCAAUGAGAAUACUAUUGUUAAAAGAUUAGGUGUAACAUCUGAACUAAGUGGAAAACACACUUGUAUAUGGGGUGUUGAAAAUCUUACUCCAGAGAUUUUGUCUUUGUUUAUUUUAAAAACAGAACCUAGGGCUUGUUUGGUUAGUGUAAGGAAUAAAGAAAAACUUGUUUGGAGAAAAGAUAAGAAUGUUUUUGAGUUUAACUUGCAUGCAGUUAAUGUUGACAAUAGAAAUGAAUUUUCUAGUGCUAUUCUUCAAGUAACAAUCGAAGAUAAGAACAACAACAAACCAAUAUUUUCACAAGAGUCGUAUGCUAUCUCUGUUAUUGGUAGUAUACCAUUAGGAAAAUCUGUUGUGCAGGUUAAUGCAACUGAUGAAGAUGGAGGUGUAAAUGGGCGUAUUACUUUUGAUAUUCAGGAAGGACCCGAUUCAAAUCUGUUUAAUAUAAACCCAUCUGGUGAUAUUAUGGUGAAAUCAUCUGUGGAGAAAAAUAGACUGUAUUUAAUUACUGUAAAUGCAAGAGAUCAAGGAGUUCCUUCACUUAUGUCAAGUACAGUUGUAAAAAUCAUUGUUCUUGAUAAGACUGUGGCUCUUCCUGUAUUUAAUUCUCCUUCUGGACCACUUUUUUUGUCAGAAAGUUUGUCAGUUGGUGCUGCUGUUACACAGAUAUCUGUUAAUGAAGUUGGAUCUUCCUUUGAAAUAGUUGGUGGAAAUAAGGAUGGUACUUUUGGAAUUACAAGCGAUAAAAUAAUACUCAAGAAAAAACUGGAUUAUGAGAUGGACACCACUUACAGAAUAGUAAUUCGAGCAACUUUAUCUGAUCCGCAGAGGUUUACAGAUAAGAUCAUUAUUUUUCAAAUAGAAGAUUCAAAUGACAAUUCUCCAGUUUUUGUGGUGGAAGAUCCAUCUGUUGCUAUGGAAAUAUAUGUAGAUAAAUAUUCACCAGAGGGAUCAAUUGUUGCUAAAUUAAAAGCUGUGGAUGAUGAUUCAGGUUUAAAUGGUCAAAUAGAAUAUACUUUGGAAGGUGUCGUACCUUUUGUCAUUGAUGCUGAAGGAGUAAUAACAUGUUCUAGAGAAAUAAACGAUGCAAUUGCCUCAAAAUUCAUUUUUACUGUUACAGCAAGUGACAAAAGUCAGUCAGUGAGAAGGAGUACAAAGAUAUCUAUUAUUGCACAAGUUAAAGAUGGUAUCAGACCUCCUAUAUUUACACAAUCUUUUUACAGGGGUUCCUUAGUAGACAACGUCCCUGUUGGAGAAUCUAUUGUGACAAUUUCUACAAAUGAGGUUGACUCAAGUUCAACAACUUCUUUUAGAAUUAUUAGCAGUAAUUUAAGUAAUAAUUUCUGUAUUGAUUUCUCAAAGACGCUUUUUACACAGAAAGCAAUGGAUUAUGACCUUGCCCGUAAUAAUAAAUUUCCUGUGACAAUUGAAAUGAUAAAUGGAUAUCAAACAUCUAAGACUACUGUUUUGUUAACAUGGAGUGAUGAAAAUGAUAAUAUACCAUUUUUUACAAAUGGAGUUGGACCAAUUGUUAGAGAGGUUUCAGAGACUCAAAAUGUUGGUUAUGUAAUCUUCAGAGCAGAGGCUAAAGAUCAGGAUGCUGGUGAUAAUGGGCGAAUAACAUAUUCAAUCAGUCAAGUCAUAAGUUCAGGAAGAAGUGAAAAUUUAUUUAAAAUUGAUCCUGUCACAGGUGAUCUUUCUAUUGCCAAACUUCUCAAUUUUGAAGAAACCAGUGAGCAUACUAUAAUUAUAAAAGCAGAAGAUAAUGGAGACACAAUAAAAAGAUUCACACUACAAGAAGUGAAAGUUGUUGUAAAGGAUGAAAAUGAUGAACGACCAACAUUUUCUGAAUCUAAUUACAAUGGGUUUAUUUCAAUUAAUAGCCAAACUGGAACAGAAGUUAUAAAGGUCUUUGCAGCAGACUUUGAUAGUGGUGCUUUUGGAAAAGUUGAAUAUGCUAUUAUUGGUUCAGAUUAUGCUGGAACAUUUGUCAUAGGAAAGUCUGAUGGUAUUAUAUAUUUAAAAAAACCUAUUGCUUUAUUAAAUGAACAAACAUUUUCAUUAAAACUAAAGGCUACAAAUAUGAACAUGGAAGGACAAGCUAUGGUUUAUCUAACUGCUGUAACUGAAGAAGGGCCACCAAAAUUUGUAUUGAAUAAAUUCACUUUUAAUGUCAGUGAAAAUAAUAACCCAAAAGAUGUGCUAGGAAAUUGUAAAGCCAUUAGCUUGGACACAAUUACUUAUAGCAUCGAACGAGGAAAUGACCUUAAGUUAUUUGAAAUUGACACAAGAAAUGGAAACCUUAGAUCUACUUCAAGUUUAGAUGCUGAGAAACAAGUACAAUAUAUAAUUUACAUUCGUGCAGCAGAUUUAAGUGAACGCUUUGCCGAGGCAAGUGUUGAAAUUAAUGUUAUAAAUGUGAAUGAUAACAGUCCAUUUUUCAGAGCCGCUAUAAACAAUGUUAUUGAAGUGAUAGUAUUAAGAUCUCUUGCUGUUGGAAUACCUAUUGUUGAUGUACAGGGAGUUGAUAAUGAUGUUGGUGAUAGUCUGUCCUACAAAAUUAAUUCAGGUCCAGCUCGUGGUAUUUUUCAUAUAGACAAUAAUGGAGUGAUUCGAUCUUUAACAUCACUGAAAAUGCUUUCUUUGGAUACAAAUAUAAAUGAAUUUGAAAUAUCAGCAAAAGAUUCACAAGGAUUAGAAAGUUCUGCUCAGAUACGCGUUGUUCUUGUCAACUAUCGUCCUGGGGGUAUAAUUGUUCGCAGCGUUGGAGAAAUGCAUUUGCCAAGUCAUGGAGAAAUAAUUAAAGAUUUAGGAAAUCAAUACCCAAGAGCAUCUUUUAAAAUUGUUUCACCACUAUAUAAUCCAUUUAUCAUUGAUGAAAGCACUGGUUACAUUUCUUUAAAAGUACAAUUGGACUACGAAAAAACAACACAAUAUACAAUCAUUGUUCAAGAAAGAAACACCCAGUCAGAGCAUGAAUAUGUAAAUUACAAUGUUCGCAUUCAAGUGCUCGACUACAAUGAUAAUGCACCUAAGUUUUACAUGACUUCAUUUCUUGGUAAAGUUAACAAAAAUGCUCAACCAGGUACACCUGUUAUUAAGCUGAUUGCAAAAGAUGAAGAUAGCGGUGAUGCUGGUAUAUUUGGAUUUGAAAUUAUUAGUGAAAACAUUCCAUUUUCAAUUGAUCCAGUCACAUCUGAAAUUAAAACAACAUCUUUUUAUCUUACUGAAAACUGGUACAAUAUUAGUGUAAUUGCUUCUGAUAAGGGCCAACCCUCUUUGAGCAGCAGUCCCGUAACCAUUUUUAUUAAGACAGGAGAAAAUCCUCCUGAAUUCCAAAAAGAUCUUUACCAGUUCAGUGUGAAAGAGAACUCUCAUGCUGGUUAUACUAUUGGUGUUGUGUAUGCACGGAGCUUGUCUGGUAUAACUAUACAAUAUAGUAUUGAAGGAAAUGUUGAUAAUUUGUUUGUUAUAAAUGCUCAAGGUGCAAUUACGCUUCAAGGAGCUCUUGAUUUUGAAUCUGGAGAUUCUUCAUACUCCCUCACUGUACAAGCAAGUGAAAUAAGUUCAAAACCUUUAAAGUCGAUUACAAAUGUGAUUAUCCAAGUUAUAAAUGUUAAUGAUAAUUCUCCAGAGUUUAGUAUGGCUGAGUAUAGAAGUAAAAGUAUAAUGGAGAAUAUUCCUGUUGGGCAUACCGUUAUGAAAGUUAAAGCAACAGACUGUGACUGCAGUCAGACAUGUGAGUGUGCAGGUGGACUACUUGUUUACAGCAUGGAUAAGUUUAGUGACACAUUUCGUAUUGACCAUGUAACUGGUGAGAUAAAAAUUAUACGAAGUCUUGAUUAUGAAGCAAUCAGCGAAUACCGGUUUCAAGUCAAGGUGAAAGAUACAGGAGUUAAUACAAAUACUGGAUUGGCUGAUGUUGUAAUUAAUGUUGCUAAUGUAAACGACAAUUCACCAAAAUUUACACCUGAUAAUGGAGUAGUCUCUAUUGCUGAAAACAUUCAGAGAGGAACUAUUGUUAUUACAGUCCAGGCUCAAGAUUUGGAUGGAGAUGUUGUUAAGUAUGAUUUAUCUUCUCAAGAUAACAAUAAUUUUGAAAUUGGAAAAGAUACUGGUGUUGUUAGGAUAACUACAGUGAACAAUCCAUCAUUUUUAAGAGAUGAUUACAUUUUGAAUAUUACUGCUACCGAUGGCAUUAAUAUUGGAUAUUUUGCACUUAAAGUUAUUAUUGAAGAUGUUAAUGAUAAUAGCCCUAUUUUUCGGAAAUGUUCACAGUAUAAGGCAACUGUGCCCGAGCAAAUGCCAAUAAAUACAAAAGUUAUUCAAGUUUCUGCAUCUGAUUUAGAUCGAGGUCGUAAUGGAGAAGUGGAAUAUGAUAUUCAAGAAACUCAAAAAGAUAAUCCAAAUAAAUUUUCUGCAGAUUUUAAAAUUGAUAACACAACUGGUGUUAUAACAACAAACAAAGUUUUCGAUAGAGAAAUAAAAAGUAGCUAUAUUGUGCUUGUAAUAGCUCUUGAUGGAGGGCAUGGAAGAGAUCCAGCUGAACGCAAUUCAGGUAGUUGUCAACUUGAGAUACAAAUUGAAGAUAUCAAUGAUCACAGUCCUAUUUUCUCAGUUCAAAAGUAUGAUAUAUCUAUCGCUGAAAACACACCUAUAGAUAGUGUGGUUUUAGAAGUUAGUGCCCAGGACCAAGAUGAAGGGAAAAAUGCUCUUAUAACAUACUCAAUUAAGCCAAAUGUCAUUACAUCUAAUUUUAAAAUUGAUUCAAGCUCAGGCGUAAUUCUCGUAGCUGAAUCUUUAAUUGGUAAGCAAGAGAGAUACAGUUUUCAGGUUUUAGCUACUGACAGUGGUACUCCAUCUGCUAGCUCAAAUGUUGAAGUUGUAAUUUAUGUUCAGCCAUCAAAUCCUCCUAAAUUCACUAUGUUAUCUUUUAAGGCGUCUAUCCAAGAAGAUAGAAAACCCGGUGAAAAUGUUUUAAAACUAGAGGCUAAAUCUCAAAUUGAAGGUGACCUAGAAAACAAAAUUUUUUACAGUAUUCUUCCAGGUAACUUGCCAUCAACAAAUAAACCUCCUACAUUUAUUGUUGAUUCAGCAUCAGGUGAAAUCAAAAUAGCUAAAAUUCUAGAUUAUGAAGCUUUGAACAGCUACGUGCUGACAGUGAGUGCUGCUGACAAAAGAGGUAUGAAAACAAAUGCAAAAGUGUUUAUACAAAUUAUAGAUGUAAAUGAUAACACACCUUUAUUUGUCUUAAGUACUUACGAGUUUGGAAAAGUAGCAGAAGGUAAAAGUGCUGGAGUCAUUGUAGAGCAAGUAAAUGCAACUGAUGCUGACUCAGAUAUAAAUGGAAAAGUGUUGUACUCUUUAGAACCAAGUGCAGAAGCAGAUAUGUUUAGCAUUGACCCAGUAACUGGCCAGAUUCGUACUAAAGUUGUGUUUGAUCGGGAAAUAACUCCAAAGUUAACAUUUAAUGUCAAAGCAGAAGAUCAAGCUAUUGGUAAACGACUAAGUAGUGUAGUGUAUGUUACCAUACAAAUUACUGAUGUUAAUGAUAAUGAACCUUACUUUGAAAAAAAAAUUUAUAAUGAAACAUUAGAUGAAAACAAAAAAAUUGGCUCAAAAAUUCUUGAACUUCUUGCUAAAGACAAAGAUGCAGGAGAACACUCAAAACUUAAUUAUUACAUUAUUUCUGGUAAUGAAAGAGGUUACUUUGGAACUGAAUCUGUCCAUCGUGUGGAUGGUUCUAGCAUUGGAUUUGUUACAGUAGCUAAAGCCCUUGAUAGAGAAGACAUAGAAGAGUUUGCUUUGCAAAUUACUGCAAGUGAUUCUAAGUACAAUGCUUUUGCUUGGGUUUACAUUAAGAUUAGAGAUGUUAAUGACAAUGAUCCUGUCUUUGAUGAGUCACUUUACAAUAGUACUAUUAUAGAAAAUUCAAAAAGUGGAAUAUUUGUCAUUAAAGUGCAUGCAACAGAUAAAGACACUGCUUCUGUCCAACUUCCUAUCACUUAUUCUCUUUCUCUAGAAAUUCAAGGCUACUUUAUUAUUGAUAAAAACACGGGAGAAAUUUCUACAGGGUUAAUGCAUUUUGAUAGAGAACAAAAAGCUAUGUAUACAUUUACUGUAUAUGCAUUUGAUGGGGAACGAACAGGAUCUUCUACUAUCAAAAUCAUAAUUACAGAUGUAAAUGAUGAAGCCCCAAAGUUUAAUGAUGGGCCAUAUUUACGUGUUGUACAAGAAAAUCAAAAAGAAGGUGCAAUUGUUGGCUAUGUUACUGCAACAGAUCAAGAUGAAGGUGAAAAUUCCAUUAUUACUUAUUCACUAUUACAAAGUGCAGAACGAUUUGUCAUUGAUCCAAACACUGGAUUGAUAAGGACUUCAAAAGUAUUAGAUCGUGAAAGUGAUAAAUUCAAUAAUUUCACAAUAAUUGUGGCUGCCACAGAUCACGGUGGAAAAAAUUCUCUUACAAGUUCUGUUGAAGUUAUAAUAUUAGUAACUGAUGCUAAUGAUCAAUACCCUUACUUUGUGCCAAAAGUUUAUGAAGCAACUCUUCUAGAGUGCACAUUUAUUGGUGAUCAUGUCACAACAGUGACUGCAAAAGAUGAUGAUGAAAUCAAUACAGUUAAUACAGAACUUAUUUAUUCAAUAACAAGUGGAAAUACUCCACGUAGGUUUCGCAUUGAUCCUGACACUGGUCUCAUAACUGUUGCCCAUAGAUUAGAUUACGAAAAAGAAAAGCGAUAUGAUUUAUACAUUAGUGUGCGAGAUAAAGGUUUGCCACAGUUAAUUGGUAAAGAAAAUGCUACUGUUACUGUCCUCAUUAAUGACUGCAACGAUAAUAGUCCGCAGUUCGAGUUGCCAACUUAUCAAGGAGACGUGAAAGAGGAUGUUAAGAUUGGUUUUGUGUUGAUUGAAGCAACAGCAACUGACAGUGAUAUUGGUAUAAAUGGAAUGUUUGAUUUUUUUAUUGUGGAUGCAGAUGAAAACUAUCAUUUUACUAUUGUGAAAAAAAGCAGUUUAGAGCAAAAUAUUGCUUUGAUAAAAGUGGACUGGAGAUUAGAUAGAGAAAAACAAAACCAAUAUACUUUUAGAAUAGCUGCAAAAGAUCACGGUGAACCACCCUUAACAGGAUACGCUCAAGUUAUCAUAAAUAUUAUUGACAUUAAUGAUAAUGGACCAAUUUUUGUUCCUCCUGAUUUUUGUGGAAAGAUUAAAGAAGAAUUUAAGGGGGAGCAAAUGGUUACUACCAUAGAAGUAAAUGACCCUGAUGAUAAGGGAAGCCAAUGCCCCUGUGACUUUGAGAUUGUUGAUGAUCCUUCAAAAAUGUUUUACUUGGAAAAAACAAACAUUAACAACAAAGCUAUAAUUAAAACAACUUCAACAUCUAUUUUUGACAGAGAUAUGCCAAACCAACAACUUUAUGUAUUAAGGGUGUCUGCUGCAGACAGUGGUUCUCCGCCACUUAAAAGUUUCACAUAUGUUUAUGUUGAGGUUGAAGAUGUAAAAGAUAAUAGUAUUAUUGAAGGAGGAUUGUUAAAUAUUGACUUAAAUGCAUACAAUGGAAAGUUCAUUGGAGGACGCAUUGGCUAUGUUUAUAUUAAUGAUUAUGACAUUCUACUUGACAGUGAUCACUUAAUUGUUACAAGUGGAAAUGUAGUCAAAUCAAAGUAUUUUACUAUUGAUAGUAGCGGAAUGAUAAGUGCUACAUCUCUUCUUCCCCUUGGUGAGCAUGAACUUAAAAUACAAUCAACGGAGCGUAAAGUAAAUGGAAAGACAGUAUUUAGCAAAGUCAUUGUAUCAGUAAAAGAAGUUACAGAACAGGCAACUAAAAACAGCAUUGCAAUUCGCAUUACUGGUAUGCAAAAAAAUUUAACUUGCAAGGAAAUACCUUAUCCUGAUAUGGCACCAUUUUUAGCACAGUUACUUAAUGUUGAUAUCACCCAAAUAAAAAUUUUCAGUGCCAUUGAGGUUCCUUCUCUCUACAGAGGUGUAGAUAUUCGCUUUUAUGUCAGGCGGUUUAUAGAAAGUGAGACUGAAGACUACUUGCUUCCAAUUGAAAUUAUUGCUAAGUUGACCCCUCACAUUCACGAGAUUGAACGGUUUGUUGGGGGACAAGUUCACAGUGUUGGUGUUGAUCCAUGUGCAAAAGAGCCAUGUACAGUGGGUUUUUGUUACAAUGAUAUAUUUGCAUCUAAUCAAUAUACUAUUGUUACUGAUAAAAAUGGUAUUAUUCCUCCUAAACCCUCUGCCAGAAUAUUUAUUUCUAUGGAUGUUCAUGAUGUGGCUGUUUGUGUGUCAGAGAUACGCAAGGUUGAUUUGUGUAAAGAAGGUCCUGAAAAUCCUUGUCUAAAUGGUGGAACAUGUUAUCCAAUUUUUCCUUCAGGUUAUCGAUGCAAAUGUAUGCAAGGUUUUGAUGGUCUGCAGUGCCAACUCUCAACCAGAUAUUUUGAAAAAGAUGGAUUUUUCUUGUUAAAAUCAAUCAGCUACUUUUAUGAAGGGACCAUAUCAUUUGAGUUUUCAACAUUAGACAGUAAUGGACUUAUAUUUUAUCAUGGUCCUACAAUAUCAGAUUCAGAUAAUCGAAAUAAACUUCUAGAUUUUUUAGCUAUUGACUUAGUAGAUGGGAAAGUUAGAAUCUCAAUUUCUCAAGGAGAAGAGAAAAUAUUCAGAAAAAUAGUUGUUUCAGGAAAAAAUCUUAAUGAUGGCUUGUUUCAUAAUGUUAACAUUUUCAAGCGCGGGAAGUUUAUACAAGUAAUCAUUGAUCAUUGUAAAGAUUCUGAAAUCACAGAUACCCUAUCUCCACUAGAUACUCUAAAUCAACAGCGUGAUAGUUGUGAAAUUACUGGUACCACACCUGGUCGUUGGAGGUUUUUAAAUGGAAUAUAUCCUCUGCAGAUAGGUGGUGCCAAAAGCUACACAUUAGGUGGAAAUGUUAUUGUAUUUGAAUCAUUAAAAGGAUGUGUAAGAAACAUAAUAGAUAAUGGGAUCAUGUAUGAUUUACAAUCUCCUCUUAUGCAGUCUAAAUCUGGUAUUGGUUGUCCAUCAUAUUCUACAUUAUGUCCUGUCUGUAUUAAUGGCAGGUGCAUAUUAAUAAACUCUAUCAGAAAAUGUUCUUGUUUCUUUGGGUGGCAAGGAGAAAAUUGCAAUGAAAGGGUUCAGGCUUAUCGUUACCUUGGAAACAGUUAUUCGCAGUAUUCACUUUUGGAUGAAGAUGGUUUGUUGAGGAAAUUAAGUUGGCAUAAACGAUAUGAAUCUCACUAUAUGGUACAAGUGAAGACUUUUUAUGAUGGAGUAAUUUUAUAUGAAGAGGGUUCAAGUGGAGAAUUCAGCUUGUUAGAGAUUCGAAAAGGAAUGUUGCAAUACAAGUACAAUCUAGGGGAUGGUGUUCUUACAUUGGCACUUCCUGGUGUAAAUAUUACAAAUAAUGAAUGGCACAAUAUCAGUUUGAUACGAAAAGGAGCAUUUGCCACUCUAGAAGUUUGGAAUAAUGGUAUGAUAUCUGGAAAUACUUAUGGUAGUACUGGAACCCAUCAACUCCUAGACACUAAUGGCAUUAUUUACUUUGGUGGUAUGUUAACUUCUGAUCCUAGCAAAAAAAAUAGUAACAAAAAUGGCAUAGCAGUUGAUCCCAUUAAAAGAAUUAUUAACAAAGAUGGCACAGUAGCUGAUCCUUAUAAAAAUAACAAUGAUGGUCUAAUAGCAGAUCCUUUUCAAGGAUGCAUUACACAUGGAAGCUACAAUCAUGAGUAUUUAGAUUACAGAUUUAGUGAUUCCAUUAAUCCUUUAGUAAAAGUUUUUCGGUAUAAUGUUGAUGCCAAUUGCACAUGCUCCUUAGCUGAAGCGAAAUUGUGUCUUAUUGGAGAAGUAUGUAUGGCAGGAUCACCCCCAUACUGUAGUUGUUUAACAGGAAGCAAAUGUUCCUCAACUGAUACAAUGAAAGGUCAAGAAAACAAUAAUUCUCGUUUUUUAACUGGUACUGGUAUGAUGGUGCUCAUUGUUUUGUUACUUCUAUUCCUUGGAUUUUUAGCAGUUCUUGCAUUAUUUACAUCAGGGGUUUUCAACAAAAAGAAACCUAUACCAAUAUAUGUUGAUCAAACCUGUCGUGAGAACGUCAUGCUAUAUGCUGAUGAAGGAGCUGGUGAAGAUGAUUUCCACAACUACGAUCUUGAAAAACUUUUGCAGCAUGCUGGUGGUAAAAACUUAUCAGUUGUUGAAGAUAUGAAUAGUUUUGAAAUGAGUGAAAUCAACAAAAAUGGUUACAGUUUUAUCGGAGGAAGCCAAAAUGAUUUUUCAAAUGAGAGAAAUAGUUUUAUUCACGACUCUAAUACUAGAAUUUAUAACUCGUCUAAUGGUGAAGCUUAUAAUGCUACUACUGCUCGUUCUGUCAGCAAUGCAUUUAACUCAUCUAAUAAUGAAGCUUAUAAUGCUACUACUGCUCGUUCUGUCAGCAAUGCAUAUAACAAUUCCUCUCAGUCAGCAGGAGAAAUGUAUAGGGCCACAACAGCUCGAUCAACAGUAACUAGGAAUCAGCAGGAUCAACAGGAAAAUCGCUUUAGCAACCAGAACGAAAGUGAAUCUCUUUUGCGAUCAGAUUAUAAUGCAAAUACCGAAACUGCAAACUUUACCUCUCGUUCACAACGACAAGUAUCACAAAGUUCUCGCUUUGAUGCGUCACAAGCUGAAGAAAUUAAUUUAGCCUUGUUCAUUGAUGAACAACUACUUGCAGCUGACAAUUCUAAAAAUUCACACCCACGUGAUACGCUUUUGCAUUAUGGUUAUGAAGGAGAAGGAUCCGACAUGUCAGAUUUAAGCGAACUAGGUGAAAGUGAGAGUGAGACUGAUGAUGAAGAUGAUUUUUCUUUUUUGGCUGAUUGGGGACCAAAGUUUGAAUUUUUGGAUCGACUAUACAACCCACGCACUGAUGAUUCUGAAGAAGAUGUUUAGUAUUUCAUUGCAUUUGAAUUGUAAAACACAAAUAAAUACUCUAGAAACACGAUAAAUUUAAUAUAAACACGAUAAAGUACGCUAAAACACGAUAAAGUGCGUUAAAACACGAUAAAGUAUGUUGAAACACUUUAGAAUACUUUAGAAACUCAAAACGUUUAUUAACGAGCAUUAAAAGCUAUUAAAGUCUUGAAUUAUAGAAAUAAGUCCAAGAUGCAUUCUAUAUACUUAAAGACAUUGUAUUUAUAAAUGAUAUUUUUUACUAAUUAUGAUGAAAUCAUUUUCUCUGUACAAUACUUUUUAUUUAUUAAUGUUUUUUUAGAAUUUUCUAGAUAUUUAAUAAUAUUUAUAAUGCAUUUGUAUGAACAUCAUAUUUAUCAUCUUGUAUGAGUUAUAUUUAUUACACGUUAAUGUUUUUAA